AUGGAGAAUUUGCUGGGUUUACUGAAAAUAAAUGUUGUAAGAGGAGUAAACCUUGCGAAGAGGGAUGCACGAAGUAGUGAUCCCUACGUGAUUGUUAAGAUGGGCAAGCAGAAAUUAAAGACUCGUGUGGUGAAGAACAAUGUUAAUCCUGAGUGGAAUGAAGAACUCACACUAUCAAUUUCCGAUCCACAUCUACCGAUCAAGUUGCAAGUUUAUGAUAAGGAUAUGUUGAGCCUAGACGACAAAAUGGGGGAUGCAGAGUUCGAACUUAAUCCAUUUCUAGAAGUCGUUAAGAUGCACCUGGAGAAGGAGAACCUUCCUAAUGGGACCAUAAUUACAAAGAUUAAGCCAAACAGGGAAAACUGUUUAUCCGAAGAAAGCUCGAUUGUUUGGGAAAAUCGUGAAGUUAUCCAAAAUAUGUUUCUGAGGCUUAGAAAUGUCGAGUGUGGUGAGAUUGAACUCAAGUUAAAGUGGGUCAGAAUUCCGGGCUCCAGGAGCUUGUAG